AUGGUUUUGAGCUUUGAGAUGCAACAACAGCACCGCGCCUUCAUCUUCUCCUCACGUCCAACAUGGAGGCCGACACCAGACAAAGCUCCUGACAUCAACUCCUCAUCUCCUCCUCCUCCUCGUCUUCGCUUCUCUCCUGUCAACCAUAUCAUCGCUCCAUCCCAACUCUCUUCUGCUUCCUCUUCCCCUGCUUUAUCCCGCCUCUCUCCUCCGCUGCCUCCAUCCCUCCGAGGCAUCCUGAGCUUCCUCCUGGUCCUCCUGGCCUCCCUGUGUUUCCUGCCCUGCCCGGCACAGGCAGGCUGGUUUCGGGUCGGGGUGGUGGGGCCGUGGGGGUGCGACCCUCUCUUUGCCAAGGCUCUCCCCAGUGUGGCAGCUCAGGUCGCCGUCAACCGCAUCAACAAGGACCCCUCGCUGUCCUACGCGGCAACAUUCGACUACACUGUGCUGCAGGAGCCAUGUGAGACAUCGAGAGGGUUGGAGAAGUACUUAGAUUUCAGAACCAAAGCCUCGGCGUACAUCGGACCAGCCAACCCCGGCUACUGCGACGCUGCUUCAAUGCUGAGCAAAGGCUGGAACAAAGCAUUGUUUCCUUGGGGUUGUGUUGGCUACGAGCUGGACGAUGCUCGCAGCCACCCAACGUUUGCCCGCUCCAUGCCGAGGCCCACUGGGGUGCUGCUCAGGGUCAUAAACUACUUCAGGUGGGCCCACAUCGGCAUCAUCUCUUCCUCAGAGGACAUCUGGGUGGAGACGGCCACCGAGGUGGCUAAUUCCUUGAGGAGCCACGGUCUGCCGGUCAGACUGGUCAGUUUCAUGGAGAACACACCUCACAGCAUCAGACAAACUCUGGCCAAGCUCCGCGAGAUGAGAGAAAUACGAGUUGUGAUCCUCUGCAUGCACUCUGUACUGAUCGGCGGUGGAGUCCAGAAGCAGCUCUUGGAGACGGCCUACGACAUGCAGCUGAUCGACGGCUCCAUGGUCUUCGUGCCCUACGACACCCUGCUCUACAGCCUGCCCUACCGCAACGUGACCUACCCGGCUCUGAAGAGGAACAGCAAGCUGCUGCGGGCCUACGACGCCGUGCUGACCAUCACCAUCAACUCCCCGCAGGUGUCCUUCUACGAGGCCUACAGGGAGGCUAUGGAGAGGGGAGAGGUGGCGAGGACGCUGACGCCUCAGCAGGUGUCUCCUCUCUUCGGCACCAUCUACAGCUCCAUCCUCUUCAUGGCUCACGCAGUGCAUCGUGUUCGGGAAGCUGGGGAGUGGAUGUCAGGAGGGAACCUGGUAGGACACACCCGUAACCUGGACUUCCAGGGCUUCAGCCACCCCGUCAAAACCAACGGCUCCGGAGCAGCUCUGCUGGAAUACCUCAUACUGGACACAGACGGACUCUCCAGGGAGCUGAAGCCCACCCACAGGAUCGACAUGGAGGCUGGGAUGGUGCAUUUUCUGGGUCGGGAAAUCCACUUCCCUCGUGGCUCCGGACCCAGGAGGGACGCCUCCUGCUGGUUUACUCCUGGAGUCAUCUGCUCAGGGGGCGUGGAUCUGUUCUCGACCAUCGGCAUUUUCCUCGGAACGAUGGUCGCCUCCAUUUUUGGAGUGGCAUUUAUUUACUGCAUCAGGCGACGCCUCAAUCAGAUCCGAUUGGUCAAGGGUCCGAACAGGAUUCUGCUGACUCUGGCUGACGUCACAUUCAUCAACCCGUCGCUAAGCAACAAGAAGCUGAGUCUGGAAGGCAGCAGGGCGAGCUGCACGAAGAGCGCGUCGGACACCACAUCCCCCGUCUCCACCCAAUCCCCGGCCACCUACGAGAACUCCAACGUGGUCAUUUUCCAGGGGGACUGGGCCUGGCUGAAGAGACUUCCUGGCGGGUCCUUUAGCAGCAUCAACCCAAAAACCAGCCAUGUGUUUGAACAGAUGAAGGACAUGCGUCACGAGAAUGUGAACCUUUUCCUGGGCUUCUUUCACGACUGCGGCGUGUUCGCCAUCGUGACCGAGUUCUGCUCCAGAGGAAGUCUGGAGGACCUGCUGCUGAACGACGACGUCAAACUCGACUGGAUGUUCAAGUCGUCGCUGCUUCUGGAUUUAAUUAAGGGUAUGAAGUACCUCCACCACCACGGCGUGUCCCACACUCGUCUCAAGUCCCGUAACUGUGUGGUGGACGGGCGUUUUGUCCUGAAGGUCACAGACUACGGCUACAACGAGGUUCUGGAGGCGCAGAGGUUUCCCUACAUGGAACAACCUGCAGACGAGUUGCUGUGGACGGCUCCAGAGAUCCUGAGGAGCGUGCAGCCGGAGCUUCACGGGACUCUAACUGGAGACGUGUACAGCUUUGCCAUCAUCAUGCAGGAGGUGGUGGUCCGAGGGCCUCCGUUCUGCAUGAUAGACAUGUCCGCCACAGACAUAAUAGAGAAGCUGCGUAAGCCUCCUCCUCUGUUCCGCCCCUUGGUCAGUCCGGACUACGCUCCUUUAGAGUGCAUCCAGCUGAUGAAACAGUGCUGGAACGAACAGCCGGACAAGAGACUGAGCUUUGACGAGAUCUUCGACCAGUUUAAGAACAUCAACAAGGGGAAGAAGACCAACAUCAUAGACUCCAUGCUGAGGAUGCUGGAGCAGUACUCGUCUAACCUGGAGGAGCUGAUCAGAGAGCGGACGGAGGAGCUGGAGAUCGAGAAGCAGAAGACGGAGAAACUGCUGACUCAGAUGCUUCCUCCGUCUGUGGCGGAGGCUUUAAAGGUGGGUGGUACAGUCGAACCGGAGCACUUUGACAACGUGACGCUUUACUUCAGCGACAUCGUCGGCUUCACCACCAUCUCAGCCAACAGCGAACCCAUCGAGGUGGUCGACCUGCUCAACGACCUCUACACGGUCUUUGACGCCAUCAUAGGAAACCAUGACGUCUACAAGGUGGAGACUAUCGGUGACGCUUACAUGGUGGCGUCGGGUCUUCCUGUCCGGAACAACGACCGCCAUGCUGCAGAGAUGGCCAACAUGGCCCUGGAUAUCCUGAGCGCUGUGGGAACCUUCAAGAUGAGACACAUGCCCGACGUUCCUGUCAGGAUACGUAUAGGACUACACACAGGUCCAUGUGUAGCAGGUGUGGUGGGUCUCACUAUGCCUCGCUACUGUCUGUUUGGAGACACGGUGACCACCGCCUCUCGUAUGGAGUCCACCGGGUUGCCCUACAGGAUCCACAUCCACCAGAGCACAGCGAAGGUCCUCAGGGACCUAAAUGUUGGCUACAAGCUGGAGUUGAGAGGCAAGACAGAAGUGAAGGGGAAAGGAGUGGAGGAGACCUACUGGCUUGUAGGGAAAGAGGGAUUCACCAAACCACUUCCUGUUCCUCCAGAGGUCACGACCGGGAAAAUGGCCCAGGGGCUGCAGAUGGCCGAGAUAGCCCAGUACAAGAAACGGAAAGCCGAGAAACAACAACAGGAUCAGCUUGCAAAGAAGAAAAACUGAGGUAAAAUCUCAUAUAACAUCGCUGGCCUGGUUGGCAACGUGACCCGUCUUUUGGCAAACACUUGUUAGCAUGAACUGUCUCGAGGGGUCCACUGCAGCUUGGGAAGAAGUCUUGGCCAUGAUGAGAAGCAGCUGGUCAAACGUCGGCUUCUGGUGCGAAAAAGGUGCUUUUAUUUUGGAAGUUUGACACUCAUAAAUUCUCUAAUUCUAUUUGGAAAGCGUAGAUGGAGUCAAAGGAACUAAAUCACGCCAUCACAUCACAGGAAACUGUGACCCUUAAACUCUAGCAGACAGGAUGGACCCUUUACAAAUUCCCUGCCAUUGAUCCUCCACAGUUUCCAGGAGGAGAGGGGGGGGGGGCUAGUGAAGUGUUCAUUCAGAUUAUCACCAUGUGUGUGUGUCUGUGUUAACGGCUCGAGUCGAGGAGAUGAAGUCUUGCGUGGAACUAUGUGUAGAGGCCGAGACGUGGUGACUCAGCAAAGCGGGGAUCUACAGAAACAGUCUGUCAGCAGCAGCUAAUCUGGUUCAUUUCCUCCUCCUUCUCUUCCCCGUUUCUGUGUUUGAAGGGAGGAGAGGAAAUUAAGAAGGGAAGGAGGGGAACGAGAAGAGGACUCCCUGUUUGUGGAGGACGUUGGUGGCACUGUACCAACUUUUUGAUAUUGUGAAAAACGCAAUUUUACUCGCAGAAACGAUCUCUGCUGUUCAGGUUUUGAGUACGUUUGGGCCGUGGACAGUAGAGAGGGGAGGUAGAGGAGGGAUGACAUGCAACACAGACAGCAUCAGACCGGGGACAUUGCGAUUACAUGAGAGCAAAAAUAAUGAUUAAAAACGGCCCAAACUAUUUCCCAGAAUCCAAAAAGACAUCUUGUAAUUGCUUGUUUUGCCUCACCAACACUUUACUAUGAUAGAAAACUAAAAGUGUUCAAAGCAAAUCUUAAUCUUGCGUCACUCGUGCUAAUCUGAACACCAGGGAGGUAAAUCUCCUCGGCAACGACGACAUAAUCACAACCAAAGGCAUUACUUCCUCUCAGCUUUCUAUCAGCCACAUGCAAACUUGUUGUGUCGUCCAAAAAAACAAAUCUUGUUUCUUUAUAAUUUCUAUUAUUAUGUCAUUAGUUGUAAUUUUAGCAAUGUUUCUUUAUGUGCAAUGUAACUUGUUCUUGUA